AUGAACUUGAAUUUGCUGUAUCCGAUUGUGUAAGUGGAUGGAAACUAAGUUACAGCUGUCUAUACAAAGUGCAAUAUGGUUAUGUAGUCGUGCCUCAGUAAUGUACUUGUCAGUGCUUACCUAAGGGUGAAACCUGGAAUGCAAUUGGAGCCACUUACUGCCAUGACAGAACUCGCUGAAAAUUCAUAGUUUACUCAUGUGACAUUUGCGAUAGCUAUGCUAGCUAGCUGUAGUUAAUUGACAACCUUAUGGAAGAAAGCAAUCAGUGUUACGCUGGCUAACUUAUUCUGCAACAGUCGGCUGGAUGAGGUGCGUCCAAAGGUGGAUAACAAGCUAAUGGGAACCUAAACAUCUAAAAAUAACAAAUACAUUCAGGCAUCAAGAUGAGUUCCCAAAGUUUUUCGAAGCACUCUGAUAUCACGCCGUUCCAGCAGAUGGUUGCCUCUUGCUCUGGUGCUAUACUUACAUCGCUAUUAGUCACACCCUUGGACGUUGUCAAGAUCCGACUUCAGGCACAGAAAACCCCGCUGUUUAAAGGAAAAUGUUUUGUAUACUGCAAUGGACUCAUGGAUCACCUUUGCGUAUGUGAGAAUGGAAAUUCAAAAGCAUGGUACAAAGCCCCAGGUCAAUUCAGUGGAACCCUGGAUGCAUUUAUUAAGAUUAUACGUGGAGAAGGAAUGGCAUCGUUAUGGAGCGGACUUCCACCAACUUUAGUCAUGGCUGUGCCGGCAACGAUGAUUUAUUUCACAUGUUAUGACCAGCUGUGUGCCAUUAUGAGGAGCAGAAUGGGAGAGAGAGCUGAUCUCGCGCCGCUAUUGGCUGGAGCCAUCGCUCGGGUGGGCUCUGCUACAGUGAUCAGCCCACUGGAGUUGAUCCGCACAAAGCUGCAGUCAGAGAGGCAGUCCUAUAAGGAGCUCAGUGCCGUGAUUCGCUCUUCGGUAGUGAAUGACGGUUGGCUCUCCCUAUGGCGUGGUUGGGGCCCCACCAUACUCAGAGAUGUCCCAUUCUCAGCCAUGUACUGGUAUAACUAUGAGAAGGCAAAGGUGUGGCUGUGUGAGUACCAUGGCACCAGAGAUCCCACAUUCACCAUCACCUUCAUCUCCGGAGCUGUGUCUGGAUCAAUCGCAUCCAUUGCCACACUGCCCUUCGACGUAGUGAAAACCAGGAGACAGCUGGAGCUCGGGGAGCUACAGGCUAUGAACUUGUCUGGCCAGGCAUCAUCCUCUACACUGCAGGCGAUGAGGAGAAUAGUAGCCCAGAAUGGAGCAGCAGGACUUUUUGCAGGGUUCAUGCCCAGGUUAAUCAAGGUGGCCCCGGCCUGUGCCAUUAUGAUCAGCACGUACGAGUACGGCAAAGCCUUCUUCCGCAAGCGCAACCAGGAGAGGGAGAGGGCGCCGGUCACUCUCCACACGAGCAGCUCCUAAGACCAACCGUGACUGUGAGCGACCCCUUUAUUUCGGUGCUACAUGAGGGGGGGGG